GCGCGACAGAUGGCUGGCUUCUCUUCCCUCGGGAAGGCAAUCUCUGCGAAUGCGGGCGCGUGUCAAUCACCCGCUCUCAUGUGAUGGCUCCUGCCAGUGACGUGCCCACCAUAUGGCCUGGCAUCAGAGCCGGUAUGUAACCCUGCCUGCUAGCGAUGCCACACCGUCUCUCUGCGCGUCCGGGGAAGGAAUAACGCACGUCGUCACACACGCGUCUCGGCUCCAACUCUUACCGGAGCGUCCUAGCGGGGUGCUAGUCCCCGAAGAUUAUGUAGACGGACGCGCCUUCACCCAUCGAAGUGCACUGCGAAGGAGUGCCGCCGCCAUGUUGACAAGAUUAUUCAACGAGCCGUCCCUGCUGCCGGACGUGCAGAAGUUUCCGGGCUGGGUUGACGACAGCGGGAGCGAGGACUCCAAAACCAAGGACGACGAGCAGGACCACUGUCGCCUAGGCGACGAGGACCUGGACGAAGGAGACAUGAAAGGCGGUGGCAGCCGGGCUCAGUCGGAGAUCGCAGGGGAGGAGGACGACGAUGACGACGACGACGCCGACGAAGAAGACUGCGGGCAUGAAGGCGACGGCGACAGGCCCAAGAAGCGCGGGCCCAAGAAGCGGAAGAUGACGCCGGCGCGCCUCGAGCGCUCCAAGAUGCGGCGUCAGAAGGCCAACGCCAGGGAGCGCACGCGCAUGCACGACCUGAACUCCGCCCUGGACAACCUGCGCAAGGUCGUGCCGUGCUACUCCAAAACGCAGAAGCUGUCCAAGAUAGAGACGCUGAGGCUGGCGAAGAACUACAUAUGGGCGCUGUCGGAGAUCCUGCGCAACGGGAAGAGGCCGGACGUGGUUUCGUACGUACAGACUCUGUGUAAAGGCCUCUCGCAGCCCACGACCAAUCUGGUCGCUGGCUGUCUACAGCUCAAUUCUCGGAAUUUUCUGACAGAACAGUGCCAGGACGGCGCGCGCUUUCACAUGCCCAAUCCGUCUUUCUCCAUGCACGCGUACCCAUACCAGUGCUCCCGUCUGUCGAGCCCUCAGUGUCAGUCUGGAUCCAACACGCACAGCCUCCGGAAUCACUCUUACUGCUCGGCCUAUGAGACUGUCUAUGCCGGGGGUGCGUCUCCUGAAUACAACAGUCCCGAUUAUGAAGGCCAUCAUAGCCCCCCGGUGUGUGUUAAUGGCAACUUUUCUUUGAGGCAACAGGAACCUAUCUCACCAGACACGGAAAGAGGCUAUCAUUAUUCUAUGCACUACACCGGUCUGCCCGGAUCACGCACGUCCGUCGCGCACGGUCUCGCUUACGGCCCUUCUGGAGCGCGCAGCGGCGGCGCGCAUUCUGAAAACGUUCCACCAUUCCACGACAUGCACUUGCACCAUGAUCGGGCGCCUGCGUAUGAAGAACUGAACUCCUUCUUUCACAAUUGAAAGUGUAUCAUCAGUCAUCGUCCAAUAUCAAUGUUGACUAAUAAUUUACACAAAAAUUCAUAUAAAAUUGUCGUCAGUGCUCGCAAGCCCCUUCAGAAUCCACGUGUACUGCGGAAAACAUAGUGAUUUUCUAAAUAAUUGGACAGUUAUCUUGCUUUUAUUAAUGUCAUCACGGAACUAUAAUGGACACGUGUUGAAAAAUUAAUAAAUGAAUUAAAACAAUCGAA